AUGACCGCACACGUGAGAGACAGUUCCAAUUUCCAAAAGAAAAAGGAAAACAGAAGACUCGCUGGAGAUGCAAGGAGGAUACAACGAAAUCGACGAAGCGACUUGGGACAGAAGAUGAUACAAAAGAUGAUAUACAACACAAAUGCACGAAAACAGACGGUGAAAAAUUCGGGACGAAAUAACUACAUAAAACACAGACAGACGCAGACGUGCACACAAAGGAAAACCCAGAUGAAACCACAAAUACAAAGAACUAAACAUAUACACAAUCACAGUGUGAUGCAAACACAGACAUGGGUAGAAACACACAGACAUGGACAGAAACACAGAAAUAGAAAAGAACGCAAAGACAUGCAUACAGGGGCGGAUCUCUUCUACUUUAACAGGGGCGAAAUUAAAAAAUGUUUAAACUUUGAAAUUUGUCGGGGACCAUCAAGAAAUUUGUAUUAA